AUGAAGCCGCAGCAUCACCAACAGCAGCAGGUGAAAGAAGGCGCCCGCGCCCGCCUCCUCGCGGGGACCCCGUCGCGGCACGACGCGCCGGACGACGACGUCGACGCGGCGCGGACGGUCGUCACCAAGGGGUGCGCGACGUUCUGGGUCGGGGAGGAAGGGGAGGCCCCGCGGCGGGUGGCGGUGCCCGUGGCGCGCCUGGGCCACCCGCGGAUGCUGGAGCUGCUCGGGGAGGCCAGGGAGGAGUACGGCUUCGCGCACCGGGGCGCCGUCGUCGUCCCGUGCGCCGUCGAGCGGUUCAUGCGGGCGGUGGAGGAGGCCUCGGCGUCGGCGGGGAACAGGCACGGGCACCGGCACGGACACCACCACCACUUUCGCCUGCCUCACGUUCACAUCGCCCGCUGCUUUAGGCCGUCGCACGUCGUUGCUUAG